AUGUCAUCAAACGCUACCCUGCGAAGGUGUGUUGUGUUUCUGUUUGCGGCAGUAUACCUCCUGGUAGGGGUGCCGCUGUGGUACAAGUUGACGACGAUAUACAGGGCUCAAUUGCCCAUGGAUUACAUUAAGAGUCUGCACGAGAAUAGGUUCCAGGAUGUACACAUGACCAUCCCAGUGUACAUCAAGUCGAACCUGUACAGGUUCCCAGACAUUCACGACGCAGUACAGAUCCAGGUCAACCAUCUUUUAAACUCCAAAAGACAGUACGUCCCUUGGUCCUUGCAGAUCCUGCCCUACGAUGAGCAAUUGCUCUCUGGUGAACAAAAAGAUGCAUACCAUGUGGUAGAGUUGGACUUGGACGAUUUCGUAGGGUACUAUUUACCGUACGACACGAAACGGACCGUUGUGUACUUCGAUGAUCCGUCCGUGGUCGCGAACGACUUGCCCUUCUUCGUCGCCCAAACGUUGAUCGAGCACACGUUUGCUCUGGAGUGGGACCAUUUGAGCCACCAGGGACACCAAGCGGCAAAACGCAAUGGGAACAGCAUCUCCAUCAAUUACUCACCGAACGUGCAUCUGUCUAUCUCGCUUCUGAACGGGGACGGGACGCCCGUCGCGUGGGAGAUCAGCGAAACGUUGGUGAAGUACUUCACGCCAUUUAGAGAAAUGUUGAGCCCGAUAGUGAACUUCACCGUGGACACCUCGAUUGUGUUCCAUAACGACCUGAACCUGCACACGCUGAGCAACAGCACGGACGUGACGUGGCAGGACCUAGCACACGUCAUCGAUCUGUCCGAGCUGUCGUCGUCUGUGUACUACUCUGAACAGAAUGCGCUGAACUUGGCGAUCGUGUUCCCCAGUGCGAAGUUGUCCCCCCAGGGGUUGCCCUUCAUUAACGGGACUGGGGGUCAGGAGACCACCGCCGCCGGAGACAACUGGGACAGUUUUAUUGUCCCACAGUGGGGGGUUCUCAUCGUGAAUAAGGACCCACUGGAGGAGAACACCAAACUCAAGGAGAGUUACCUGAGCCCGAUCAUGUACAAGUUCGCCAAGGACAUCUUUCAACUGCUCGGGUUGGCGGAUACAGUCGAGGACCUGUCCUCUCUGGUGAUCACCAUGGACUCCUUUAAGAGGCUGACCAUCUUGCAGAACAUGGACAACGCAGUGGAGACCCUGUGGUCAUUGCUGAAGCUAACAGAGUCCUUCGAGCAAAUGUCCAUCCCGUUAGAGGUGCGUAAUAACGUCACAGAGGCGCUGGACUUGCGGCUCGCGAUUGUCGACGACCUCAACAACCCAGAGCUCGGCAGUGACGCGGUGUGGGAUGAUCUGCUGCUGAAGAGCAACAGGCUGGUGCAGCUCUGCGAGAGCUCGUUCUUUCACGGGGAGAUGGUCCAACAGAACUUCUUCCCGCAGGAACACAAAGUAGCUGUGUACUUACCGUUGCUGGGUCCGAUCACCGUGGUCAUAUUUAUCGGCCUCGUCGCAAAUCUGAAAGAGUCGAACGCGAAACCGGAAGACCAGAACAAGGAACUGACCAAGAACGAGGAGGAGGAGAAGCGGGCGUUGCAAGAGGCUGAGGGCCUGCACGCAGUGGAUGGUGAGGAUGAGAUUGUCGAAUCCACAGAGUAA